AUGCGCUCUUGCAUGUAUCCCUCCGAGCCUUGCCCCACCUCUUAUUCAGCUACAGCAUUCGUCUUCUCUUUCUACAAAACUCUGAUUUCUGGAUUGUUUUUACUUUGGUGCUCAGCACGUAAAAGAUUGCUAGCAUCGUCUUCGCCUUCUCCUGUCCUGCACUCGCGAUCCUCUGAAACAACCAUGUCCGACAUUGCUGAUCGUAUGCGAAAUCCUGUUUCCAGCCUCACGCCAGGCAGAACAAUCGAUCGUCGUCCAUCUUCACCGCACGCGUCUUCUCAGCUCGAACUGGAUGAAACGGGACUAUGCUACAAAUGCAGGAACAUCCACUUUAAACCACCCGAGCUAUGUUCACCAGCAUUACCUCUCGAGAGUUUGCUGUCAAAUCCAUUUCGAGAGAGGUUGUUUCAUGUCCAUUCUGUGUCAAAAGCAGAUUUGGAAAGUACGAAAGAGAUAGGCUGUCGACUGUGCGUAAAGUUGCACUUCAAUGUUGAACAUCCUGAGAAUUAUUUUUACAAGUCGUAUAUGGAUUCGCCCAAUGUCGUUCCUGGAUUGAUUGUUUUGAGAGUAAAAUUGACUCACUUCCCGGAUGACAGCCUUCCCCCAUUCGAAAUACUCUCAUUUUCUCUACUCGAGUUGGAAUCUACCUAUUUUAACGUAGUGAAUGGAACUUUAAUGUCAAAAAUAGAGCUAUUUGCUCCCUUAACGUGCACGGAGGCUCCACAGCCUCAAAUUUCAACCAAGUCCGGGCUUGGAUCAAAUAGAACCGCACCAAAAACGACAGAUCCUACAACUGUCGCAUCUAUAGCAGACACACAUACUGCCUCAUCUGCAAGCGUUGAUCUGGCUGCAGUGUGGCUCAAUCGAUGUGUUGAACAACAUUUUUGUGGGACAGCCGAAAACCGCGGGUAUCCUCUUCCCACGCGCGUUAUCAAUGUUUCAGAUCCCUUGCACCCUGUACUUGAAAAUGGCGGUGCUAGAUUCCUCGACUACGUCACGUUGAGCUACAUGUGGGGUGUCACUAAGAGGUACACAACUAAGAAAGAAAAUCUCGACUCUCAAUAUGCAAGAAUACCAUUAGAGCUUCUACCGAGAACCUUUAGAGACGCCAUCACCUUCACUCAUCAUCUAGGCCUCUCAUAUCUUUGGAUAGAUGCUUUGUGUGUUGUUCAAGAUGAUGUAUCCGACCUCGGAAGAGAGAUUGGGAAAAUGGGUGACAUCUUCCGGAAUUCCGCAUUAACUCUCUAUGUGAGACAUGGCGAACAUGCUGAUUCGGGGCUUGGAACUCAGCGCAACGCUUAUGUCGUCAAACCAUGCAAGCUUGAUUUUAGAAUCACGUUUAGCGAUGGUCACUCAACACAGACGUCCGCAUUUGCGAAUUUUGCGCCCCAUCAGAAUAUCAAUGAGCAUCAUCAUCCCUUGGAGUAUAGAGGAUGGGCGCUUCAAGAGAAAGUUCUUUCUAAACGUAGCGUAAUCUUUGGCCCGGACCAACUUAGAUGGAGAUGCCAAGCGCACACUGCUUCUGAAGCUCAGCCAGAUCAUGAUGACUCUAGCCAGGAAACUGAUUCGUACCUGAAACUGGAUGUUCUGGAAGGCAAAAAAGUGGAGUUGUCUAUAAAAGUAGAGAGACAAGAGGUGUUGAAAGCCUGGCUCGGUCUGAUCCGUGACUACUGUCAACGGUCACUCACGUAUCGCACUGACGUGCUCAUGGCUUUAGCGGGAAUUGCUAGUACUGUUGCAAAAGCUCACAAUCUGCAUUACUGCAACGGCUUCUGGGUCGAGGACUUACAAAAAUCUCUGCUCUGGCGUGUCGAUGAGUUGGAUGGACUACCAGGUGCUAGUAGCGACGAAUCAGCAAAUCCCACUCUAUCUGAGCUCCCGUCAUGGACUUGUCUUUCGAGAAUGCCGGCAAAGAUCAGUUUCCAUUGGGAUAAUGGCGGGCAACAUAGAGCUAUUCUCUAUAACAUCAAGCAUGUCGCGCAUUCACCAACACACACAUUGUUUGCGGAGCCUUUGCAGGGUGUUGAAAUUCCUAACAGCCUACCAGAUAUAUACCAGAACGUCAUCCGGACACAUCUGACCGUGGAAGGCUACCUUCAGGACGUGAAAAUUGGUAAAGGGACAUAUGACUCUUGGUGUGUUUACAACGCCAACGAGGCAGUCACGCUCGGAUUCUUGAGUCCAGACUAUGAUAUUGUGGCUGACCCUCCUGAGGGUGCGGUAUGCCUUUUAAGCAUUAUACAUUAUCCUAGCAUCGGCGUGCAAUUAGUGGUUAAAAUGCUCUGUCUCUUGCCGACUGGAAAUGGUCCAAACGAGUAUAGGCGUUUUGGCAUGGUUCACCAGAAAAUCUCCACCUCCGAACCGGGCUUCGAGUUUGGAAGCAUGGAUUCGGAUCUUGGAGACGAGUGCGAUAUCUUACCAUCCAACUGGCGUGAUGAACGUCGCAGGGAAACCAUCACGCUGGUCUGACCCAUGUUCAAAUUUUACAUCAUGGCUUGGGACAAGAGCUGAGAAAAGUAAAGUACAGAGGACUCCAGGAUCUAAACUCUAUUAUAUAACAAGAAUCAUGCUGCAAGAAGCGCGAGUCCUGAAAACCAAUUCUCCAAAGCCCUACCGACAUAUUCCCCAACGCUAGAGUUUCAACAGCACCAGAAGACAAGACAAUCGCAAACCAAGAUACCACCAACCCUA